UGCUUAUUUAUUUUCAAGCGCCAGUAGCAAACCAGUUGUAUAAUUUUAUCGUCCACAUUUUUAUUAUAAUUACCCAAUAAUGCCAAAGAUCAAGAUGCUCAGCAAACGCAAGCAGAAGUGCCCAGAGGGCUGGGAUGACAUUGAGCCGACGCUGAAGGAAUUUGAGCAAGAAAUGCGUGAAGCCGAAAACGAGUCCACAGAGGGAAUGCGCAAAGUCGAAUCAACAUGGUCCGUAAUGCGAGUCCACCACCAGCGAUCCAAAUACUUAUUCGAUCUUUAUUACAAGCGGGAGGCCAUCUCCCGCAAGUUGUAUAGAUACUGCUUAAAGAACGGUUACGGAGAUGCAAACCUCAUUGCCAAGUGGAAAGCGCAGGGAUUUGAAAAGCUGUGCUGCCUGCAGUGCAUACAACCCCUCGAUUCGAACUACGGAACAACCUGCAUUUGCAGGGUGCCAAAGAACAAUCUUGAGGAAGGGCGGACGGUUGAAUGUGUGCAUUGUGGAUGCCGAGGAUGCGCGAGCUCUGACUAGAUAUUUGUGGAUAAAAAUAUAUAAUAUUUGGACAAUAAUAACAUAGUGUAGCUCGG